AUGAUUCAGUACUUCCACCCGUUCAAGUGCGUCAGUCUCACCAAAAUGGCAACGGCGUGCGACACCGAGGUCAACGAAUUGCAAAGCACACUGGCUACACUAAUCGUGGACGAUCGCAUCAACGCGAGGAUUGAUAGUCACAACAAGAUCAUGCUUUCCAGGCAAAUUAAUAACCGAAAGGCAACAUAUGAGAAGGCCAGCCAACUAUUAGUGCAGCAUUUG